AUGAGCGAUCCACUCCUCUCCUCCCUCUGUCGCAUCUGCAAUAUCAACGUUCCGAAAUACACGUGUCCGCGGUGUUCGCUCCAGACGUGUUCCCUAGCAUGCUCGCGGCGGCACAAGGCGUGGGCGUCGUGCAGCGGGGUGCGCGACCCGACGGUGUACAAGCCGCGAUCGCAGCUGGCGACGCCGGCGGGCAUCGAUCACGACUAUAACUUCCUGCACGGCAUUGAGCACCGGAUCGAGCGGUCGGAGAAGGAGAUUGUGGAGGAGCGGAGGUUGGUGGAGAAGGCGGAGCUGGAGAGCGCGAGGAGAGGGGAGGAGGGGAGGAAGAGGAAGCGGGAGCCGGAGGCGGCGGGCGAGGCGCAGAUAAAGAGGGCGUUGGAGGGGAUGGGGACGGUGGUGAAGAGGGCGCCGAAGGGGAUGAGGAGGAAUGUGGAGAAUGGGACGAGUUGGAGCAGGAAUCAGAAAUGCAUUUAUUGGCAGGUGGAAUGGAUACAUGGCGAGGAGAGGGUUCUGGGCAAGGCGAUGGGGAAGAGACCGCUUGGGGAAGCCUACAUGGCGUCGCUGGAUGAAGAGAGGAGGAAGAACAUGAGCUCUCAGGAACGGAAAGCGGAGCGCAAGCGUAAGGCUACGGAAUCCAAGCAGCGAUUAGCCAAGAAAGCCAGAACGGACGCCGAGACCGACUUGGAUCUCACGACUGUCCCGAUUCUCCAAGACCCCGAAACGGGAGCAUGGAACUUCUCGUCGAUACUUGCAUCUGUUCCUGAAAAUACAGACACGGCUCUCGAAGGAUCACCCGCGCCGGAGCCGAUCCCAUCCUUAUCCCAUUACCUCUACCUGUACCGGCCACACACACCCUCCACCUUUCCCAAAGUCCUCAUACCUCUCGAUGCCACCCAGCCCCUCGAUACCCUCCUGCGAGGCCGCGUCCUGCUCGAGUUCCCAACCAUCUACGUGCUAGACGAGGCACCCGACGAUCUCCCCGAGAAGUUCAUGCUCGAGAAACAGUAUCUUGCGGCGAUAGGACAGGAGCCUUCGUCAGACACGGAGAUGGAGGAGGCUGGAGAGGGGACGGAGACGAGUAGUAGUGAGGAGGAUGAGACGAGUAGUAGUGGAGAGGACGAAGUGGAGGAUGGUGAGGUUGUGUGA